UUGGACGCAUGCGCAGUGCCAUCAGUAGCGAGUGGAUGCAAAGUGAACGUUAGCAGUGCAAAGUACGUGGCACAAAACUUUAGACAUGGAGGUAGCCGCGCUGUUCGCAUUGACUUUGUUACUGGGUGCACUGGUCAUUCUGGUCGCAUUAGCGGUGGGCAGACGGAAAGAAGAAAUAAGAGAGGAAAUACAGCAAGCGGCGGCGGAGUUUGCCGCUGAAGGCAGUGCUGUGAAGGGUGCUGCAUCGAAGAAACCGAAACAGGAGAAGCAGCGCAGCCGUAAAGAAAAAGCUUCACAGCACACUUUUAGUCAUCGGUUGUUGGCAUCCUCACUGAAGGCCCACAGUGCAAACGUGACAUGCCUGGAUUUCAGCAGUAACGGGAAGUACCUGGCGUCAUGCGCCGACGACCGCACAGUCCGGAUCUGGAGCACCAAAGACUUCUUGGAUCGGGAACACAAGUGUCUGAGGGCCAAUGUGGAGCUGGAUCACGCCACGCUAGUCCGCUUCAGCCCAGACUCCAGGGCGUUCAUCACCUGGUUGGCCAAUGGAGAUACCAUCCGAAUCUUUAAAAUGAUCAAAAAGGAGGAUGGUACCAUGACGUUCAAAGCCGCUCCUGAGGACUUCCCACAGAAACACAAGGCCACCAUCCUCAACAUUGGCAUUGCAGAGACAGGCAAGUUCAUCAUGAGCGCCUCCACUGACACCAGCAUCCACAUCUGGGACCUGAAAGGAGAGGUACUGGCCUCCAUCAACACUAACCAGAUAACCAAUUCUUAUGCUGCCGUCUCCCCAUGUGGCAGGUUUGUAGCGUCAUGUGGCUUCACUCCUGACGUGAAGGUGUGGGAGGUUUGCUUUGGGAAGGGAGGAGAGUUCAAAGAGGUGGCGCGAGCUUUUGACCUGAAGGGCCACUCUGCAGGAGUUCACGCAUUUGCCUUCUCCAAUGAUUCUCACAGAAUGGUGACCGUGUCCAAAGACGGUACGUGGAAGCUGUGGAACACAGAUGUGGAGUACAAAAAGCAGCAGGACCCCUACCUGCUGAAGACGGUCCCCUGUGCGUCAUCUGAAGGUAGCCGGGUGGCUUUGUCUCCAGACGGCCGCGUGGUGGCCAUCAGUGACGGCUCUAACGUGGCGAUGUACAACGCUGCCAGCGGCCAGCUGGAGGAGGAGAUGCACGGCGUCCACAGCGAGGACAUCAACGACCUUAGAUUUGACAUUAACGGACGGUUCUUGGUGUGCAGUGGCGAUAAAGCCAUCAGAGUGUUUCACAACGCCCCGGGCUACCGGGCAGCCAUCAGAGACAUGCAGGACAUGCUGAAGAAGGCCCAGAACGAGGCCAUGAAGCAGAGACUGCAGCAGCAGAUCAAAGAGGCUCAGAGCACCCUGGACACUGUGCUGGCUGCUCCCACCGAAUGAAAGAACCCAAAGAAAAAAACACUGAUUGUGAUGGUGUCUCUUUUACCUCAACGCCCCCUCUGCCAAUAAAUCAUCCGGUCCAGGAAUCACACAAUUUGCAUGCAGUUUUAAUAACAUCUUUUUAUUGAAAAAUAAAUGCUUUGAGUUCAGUUCUUUUUGUCCCAUUUCAAUAAUGUCUAAAGUGGAUCUCUGCUGUGGCUGUUUGUUAUAUUUGCCUUCUGCAGCUUCAAUUUAGUCCUGUUCCACUCAGAAACAUAUUUUUCCUUCUUGUUCCUUCACUUGAUGUUUGAGCUUCACUGUGCAGAAAGAUGUUUGUGCAAUUUGACAGUAAAGGGCUGUUUUCACA